GAGACUAAGGACCAAAAGCCAGAAGCCAGAGAAGGGAGCAGAAGGAAGCAGAAGGAGGAGGUGGUGGAGAGGUGGCGAGCGUGGCGACUUGAGAAAGAAAACACCCUCCUCCUGAGGCAGUGCACCCGCUCGAGUGUCCCCGAGAUUCGGCUUUGGUAGCAACAGCAACCACAACAAAACGGCUCCGGGUGGGAUUCGUGGGCGUGACCCGUGGGAACCAGUGACAGUGGACCGUCCUCCUCUUUGGUUGAUUCAUCGAGGGCGUUGGUGUGCUGGAAGAAGUUGUUGUGUUGUGCGUCCCCGCCGUGGUUGAGCUUGUCAACCGAGUGAAGUUUGAGAUUUUCAGAUACUCUGUGAAGCUGGGCAGUCAUGGCUUGGCGGUUUAAGGCCUCGAAGUACAAAAAUGCGGCGCCGAUAGUGCCCAAGUUUGAGAAUACCAUUCGUGACCUUUCCAUUGGAUGCUACAGAUCUCAUGGCAACUUCAUUGCUGCCAGUGCGGCCUAUAUGGCAUUCAAUUGGGAUAUUCAAGGCUCAAAUCUUGCGGUGUUACCAGUUGAUGCGAAAGGGCGCCAGAAUAAGGCCAAUGUCCCGCUGAUUUAUGCCCAUAGUGAAAUGGUUACCGACUUUAAGUUCUCGCCAUUCGAUGACGGUCUCUUAGCAACCGGCUCUCAAGAUUCAAACAUUAAGCUCUGGCGAAUCCCGUCGUCCGGUAUGCCAAUAAAUGGUCUUUGCGAUCCUGAACUCGUGCUGCCUGAGCAACCUAGGCGUAUUGAAACGGUGAAUUUCAAUCCUAAUGUGGACUCAGUUCUGGCAACCUCUUCAUUCAACUCGAUCUCUGUUUGGGACAUAAUAGAGGGAAAAGAAGUCUUCAACGCGCAGGAUCAUGAAGAUGAAGUGCAAAGUGUGGCUUGGAAGCAAUCCGGAGAUUUGUUUGCCUCUCAAAGCAAAGACCUUCAAUUGCGUAUAUUUGACGUGAGAUCAGGAUCGAAAGUGAACCAAUGUCUGUCGCACGAAGGCAUGAAGGACUCCAAAGUGGUUUGGAUUGGGAAUUCGAACCGAAUUUUGACCACUGGAUUCAGUGGGGAACGUUUGCGUGAAAUUAACAUCCGUGACAUGAGAAAUUUGAGUGUUCCGCAAAAGAACCUAACUCUGGACAUGUCUUCUGGAAUUCUGGUUCCCUUGUUUGAUCCAGAUACCAAUAUGUGUUUCCUUUGCGGAAAAGGUGAUCGGAACAUUCAGUUUAUUGAAAUAUCCGAGAACGAGCCCCACAUUAUUGAAGGCCUAAAAUACAGUGGUGACCAAACCAAAGGAGCUUGUCUGGUGCCCAAAAGAUCUAUGGAUGUAAUGCAGGGAGAAGUGAACCGUGUCUUGCAACUUUGUGACUCGUCGAUUGUUCCCGUAACUUGGCAGGUCCCAAGAAAGUCUUACCGUGAAUACCAUGCUGACAUAUACCCUGAAACUUUCGGAUUGGAAUCGGCUAUGGGACCUGAGAACUGGUUACAAGGGCAGAACCAAAUGACUCCAACCAUAAAUCUCGAUCCAAAGAAAAGGCCUCUUGACAAACUAGUUGUAUUCCAAGAUAAGCCUCUGAAAGAUCGUCCUAGGUCAAAGGAUAUGUCAGGUGUAACUCAAAACGGCUCCCAUUCGAACGGAACUCCUCAUAAAAAUGGACAAGAAAACAUUGGGACCAAAAAAGACUCCGAUAGCUCGGACAACGAGUUCAAGAAGCCUAAUCCUAAGCCACGAGCUGUAUCUCGAUCUAAUUCAAACAUAUCCGAGAAUGGAUCUGAGCCAAACAUUCCUCCGCAAGUUAAUAAGCUUGAUGAAAGUCCAAAACCACGUCCUAGUCCUCGCUUGUCCUCGUGCAAUGUCACAAGUCAAGAGCCAAUCUCUGUUGGUCACCAGUCCCAAUCAUCCAUUGCUCAGGAACCAAAAAUUGAGCCAGAUGAAGGUCUGGCCAUGCUAAGAAGGCAACCCAGCAUUCGAGACCGAAAAAGGAUGCUGGAGCAAAACACUCAAAAGAGUCAAGAAAUAACAACGACGUCAUCAUCGAAUGGAAGUACCACUUCCCGACCCCCAUCCAUUCGUGAGAGAACUCCAAGUGAUGAAGAGAACAAGGAGAAUAAGUUGGGGAAGAUCCCCGAAAAAGAGAUGGUCAAGAAAUCUGAAGAAGACGAUGUCGUCGUGGAAUUGAGGUCAAAGAACAUUUUCAUCGCCAAUGAUCGAAAGUCGACUAUGGAGAGUGACAAAAAGCCAGAGAAAAAACGCCCCGUGAGCAAAAUGUUCUGCCGCGUUUCAAAAUUCAAACAUCUCAAAGGGGAUGUGCUCAUUAAGGGGAAAUUUGAGAACCUGAAAAAUAUUGGCGGGACUGUUCCAGCAGAGUGCAAUUUUGUUCAUGCCAAUGCUGAUCGGAUUGCGGUACCUUUGACUGGUCCGGGAGGAAAGAUCGCUUUGUUCGAGACUCGUAAACCCGGUCGCAUUGCUGAUGGAGUCACCCCUGUCCUAAUCAACGGAACGACUGUCAUGGAUUUUGCUUUUGAUCCGUUUGAUACCAACCGUUUAGUUACGGCUUGCGAUGAUGGACACGUUCGGGUUUGGAACAUCCCCAAAGGUGGUAUUACACACCAAGUCAACAAGUCUGAUGCUGUUUUCCCCGCUCAUGCGGACAAGAUCCAAAUCGUAAAGUUUCAUCCUUUGGCUAAGGAUGUCAUCGUGACUGCAGCCUUUGACCGAACCGUGAAAAUUUGGGAUUUGAACAAUACCAAUGAGCCCCAAAUCGAACUGGAGGGCCAUGAAGACCAGUUGUACAGUGUCGAAUUCAGCGUGUGCGGCCGGUUUUUAGCCACGGUCUGCCGUGAUGGAAAAAUUCGCCUAUUUGAUCCUCGGAAGGGAUCUCGGUCAAUCUUGGAAGGAGGCGAAAUCAUUCCCAAAAAAGGAGCUCGAGUUGUUUGGGUUUUGGAUGGUGAAUACCUCAUCGUCACAGGUUUCAGUCGCCAAUCUGAGCGCCAAGUCAUGAUGUACCGUACUCAAGAUCUAACCCUGGUGAACUCGGUGACUCUGGAUGUGAGUCCCGCGAUCCUAGUCCCAUAUUACGACCACGACUCCAGUACUCUCUUCCUCACUGGCAAGGGCGAAAGCACUGUGACUACUUUUGAGGUUGCCACGGAUGCCCCUCAUUUGUUCCCAUUGUCCCCAUACAAGCCCGCUGGUCUUCACCAAGGAUUCGCUUUUCUGCCCAAGAACGUUUGUAAUGUUCGGGAUGUGGAAUUUGCCCGAGCUUAUAGGCUCACGAGCUCGACAAUCGAGCCGAUCUCGUUCACUGUUCCGAGAGUAAAAACGGCUUUCUUUCAAGAUGACCUGUUUCCCGAUACAAGAGUCACUUGGGAGCCCACCAUAAGUGCUGAGGAAUGGCUCCAGGGAAGCCAAAAAUCUUGCUCACGCGUUUCACUGAAACCCGACGACAUGCGUAACCUUUCUGAAGGCUCAGGAGUAACCACCACCGUAACACGAACGUCUGCUCCUCAACAAAACAACAACGCCAUCCCGAAUAUUUCGAUGAGCGGCAACUUGAACUCCUUUUCUCGAGAAAUGUCCAAGCAAAAGGAGCAGGACAUUGAAAAAAGUGUCAGCACCAUGAUGGGCGAUAUGGAUUUGAAAUUGGAACAAGACGACAUGGAAGGUGCAGAUGAGAAGGACUGGGAAGAGGAGGACGAUGAUUGAGUCAAGCCUGUUUGGCUCGCUUAUUUGAACAUGCAUCGAUUGAUAAAUACCUUAGGAAGAGCAUCUGCUCCUAGUCUUUGCAAGUUUGCUCUUAAACUACAGUAACAAUUCAUCUAAUCAACCCAAAAAAACACAAACCUACCAAAAGAAUGAACUCUUCUGCUAUUACAUUCAUCAUUCAACGAGACUGGUACAAACAUGGCCUGUGAACGAAAUCCUCCUCCCAAAGACUUGAGCAAAGGAGAUGGCACCAAAGAUUUUAUGAUGAAUCCACUAAUCAAAAUGCCUUGAAAUGAAUUGCCCCUCUUUUUCUUUUAAUGCCAAAUCAAAAUAGCGUCACUUUCAUAACAAGUCAUCACUUGAAACUCCAAAAGUCCAAAACGCUCGACCUCGUCUCUGACUGUUUUUUACUAUUCCUAUUUUUAUAUCAUCAGUUUCAUCACCCUCUGCAUUCCCAUUUUACGGCCAGGCUUAGAAAGGCCAGAUGAAAAAUCUUCCAAAUUUGCUCUCUCAAAGUAUUCUCCAUAGAAAUAGAUCAUCGAGGUCCCGCUUUCCGUCAUUAUACUUCGAUUGUUGUCGCAGUCAAACCGAAUGAUAUUUUUACCGAUUUUAAAUGCUCAUUAUGAUUCGUGUUGUAUUACUGAUUAUUGAACAUUCCUGUUUGGUGAAAUAAAUACAUUGUUUGUCUAACGUACAAAUUGAAGAACCUUA